AGUCUCACUGCGAACGGCUGCAGCCUCGCAACUCCUUCCAAGGUUCUUAAUCCUCUCUUCCUCUCUCUCUCUAGGGUUUCUUCAUGUCAUUUAUUUACUCUUGAAUGUUGAAUCUGUUGCUUUGAUACAUCGAUUAGGGUUUUAAUUUGUUUUGUGUUUUGCGAAUCUGCUCCCCUUUCUCAGGAUAAUAUUGAUAGCAGGCUAGAGUAGUCGUCAACAUGAGGUAUGCUUUCUUCAUUUCGGAGGAUUUUUUCCUGCUUCUGUUUCGGUUUCUGAUUUAGGUUAUUUCCGAUGUUGGUUGUUGUUUUCUAUGUUCCGUCGAGGUUCUAUGUAUGUUUAUUUGGUGUUUUUUCCUCCCUUUAUCGAUGGUAUGCGGCAAAUGUCAAAUUGUAAAUACAGUUCGUAACCCUAUCUUUCGUGGUGCCAUGUUUAUGAGAAAUGGUUUUGCACUAAUCCUGAAGUGGCAUUUGGUUGUGUUUUGUUUCCACAUUUGUUUUGGUUCUUUGUAUUGCUGUAGUUGCUAAAACUUAUCGAUUGUGCUUCAGUUAUUAGCUAAAAUUUAUCGUUUGUGCAUCAGUUAUGUAAAUUUUGGUUGGUUCAAGUCAGUUUUUCUUGAUUGUCAGUGUUUUAUUUUGUGAUCUUUCUGAGUGUAGCCCUUCAUUGAAUAUCUGUGCAGUAAGCUUCAGAGUGAUGCGGUGAGGGAGGCUAUCUCCGUAAUCAUGACUGAUGUCAAGGAGAAAAACAGAAAGUUUACAGAAACUAUUGAGCUUCAAAUUGGACUGAAAAAUUAUGACCCUCAGAAGGAUAAGCGUUUCAGUGGUACUGUUAAGUUGCCUCACAUUCCUCGUCCUAAGAUGAAGGUGUGCAUGCUUGGGGAUGCCCAGCACGUGGAAGAGGUAAUGAAUUGCGUUUCCUGUUUCCAGUAUUUAUGUUGAAUGCAAUAUUGCCCCCUUGUGACAUUUAAUCAAUGUUUGCAUAACCCUAUUUAAUGGAUGUUUGCAUAAUUUAAUCUAAAGCUUCACAUACUAAGCUAUCUUACAUAAAUAAUGUAGAAAAGAUAUACUAAUGCAUUUCCUUGGUAGCAGAUUUUCUGCUAUUAUAUGCCAUGUAAUAACAUUUUUGUUAUAUGUAAAUAUUUUGUUAAUGGGCACAAAAUUUUUUGAUAAGUGGCACCUUCCUGUUUGGAUAUUUCGAACAACUUAUAUUCCAUUCUGGAUAAAGCUUUGGUUACCCAUCUUAGAUCUUAAAAACCUUGUCCAUUCUUUUCAAUUUACCCUCUUGGCCCUGUUGCUGUGUGUUAUUUACUGAGAUAAUCUGUUUUACAUCCUGUUUAGUGUUUUUGCUAAACUUUGAUGGCUAUUAAUAUGUCGACAAGGUCUGUUGUGUCAUCCGAAUUUUGUACUUUUGUGAGUCAGGCCGAGAGGAUUGGUCUGGAAUCCAUGGAUGUUGAGGCUUUGAAAAAGCUGAACAAGAACAAGAAGCUUGUUAAGAAGCUUGCCAAGAGGUACCAUGCUUUCUUGGCGUCUGAGGCUGUUAUCAAACAGAUCCCUCGUCUUUUGGGGCCCGGUCUCAAUAAGGCUGGUAAAUUCCCAACACUUGUGACUCAUCAGGAAUCACUGGAGUCAAAAGUGAAUGAGACCAAAGCCACUGUUAAGUUUCAGCUCAAGAAGGUCCUCUGUAUGGGUGUUGCUGUUGGCAACUGCGGCAUGGAAGAAAAGCAGAUCUUCCAGAACGUGCAAAUGAGUGUCAAUUUUCUGGUCUCGUUACUUAAGAAGAACUGGCAGAAUGUGAGGUGCUUGUACUUGAAGAGUACUAUGGGGAGACCACAGCGCAUAUUCUGAGGAGUUUGUGUUUUUGGUUGUGAUUGUCUCAGAUCAGAUAACUUUUUGAGUCAGUGCGAUUUUCAUAUAUUAAUUAGCAGAUGCUCUUUGACAUUUUUGGGGCUGUUUAUCUGGAAUUUUUGUUUGUUAAAGUAAUGGAUGUUGUUAGCUACAUUAAUAUUUGUGGUUUUUUCUUUAAUCUUAUAUCGAAGUUGAAGUUA